AAUCCAGAACACCAUCCGUUUGGGCAAAAGGCCCACUCUCUACCCACAUGAUUCGGAUCAUCCACACAUGAAAGCCUAGCUUUGAUCCUUCCCCAAUUUUACCGUCAACCUCGACGCGAUCUCACCAGAACAUGUUCAUAAGUUCGACCUAAAAUUCAGUUUCCUCAAUCACACGUCGAUCGUUCUCAUGGAAAACCGGCACGCUUAGCUCGAAUUCCCGAAGCUCAUCAUCAAAUGAAUAUGGCGCUCUUCGCUGUAACCCCGAGAUUCUCCGUUUGUCUCUCAUGAAAACAGUAACAGAAUCAACGUACUCGCGGUACGCUGUUGUUACCACUCAAAUCCGCUCAUGGUCGCCGAUAAAAGGAAUCCACGUUUGGUGUUGUUGACGAUGAACAAUGACGUUGUGAUGAUGAUGUCGAAGAAGACGCUUCUCGAUGCGUUCUUGGCCAUUCCCGGCUUCUUCUUUCGGUCGUGAUACGGAAUGGAACUCUCUGCAGGGGCUUGAGGAAUUGCAUAAUCCAUCAUUGAAGACUCAGAACGAAGAAUUGGCAGUUCCAGCAGCGCAUAAGAAGAAAAGCUGGAAAAAGCCAAAGAGUUCGUUUUGUGCAUAUUGGUAUCCGGUAGCGCUCUACGCCAUUGCAACCGUGCGCGAGUGUUUCCAGGCUUCUUCAUUCAUCUGUUACGGUGGGUUCGACCACCUUCGCAUAAUCGGUUUCAACGAUGCGGCGACCAAAAUUGGUGAAUUGCAGGUCGUUGUGGCAAUCAUGGUGUGUGAAGUUUGAGAACGGUUGCAGGUGAAGAAGAAGAUUAGAGGGAAGAGAAGAUUGGAGCAAGGAGGAGAAAGGUGGGUGCAAAAUGAUGAAAAAAAAUCCAUUGUGAAUCAUUGCGUGUUCCUUUUAUAGGCUUUGUCAUGUUGUUAGGGUGAAGAAGAAUUCUGUUAGAAAAUCAAUUGGUUCUGUUAUGCAGUUAGUUGUGGAUUGGUUAUUAUGGUUUGUUGAAAAAAGUUAGAGGUUAAUAAAAUCAGUUAGUUUUUGGAGUUGGUUAGGAUUGAUUAGUUAGUUAGGUUAUUACAGCUGGAAAUUCUGUUAUGAUUUACCUUCAGUUAUUGGUUGAUUUCAGAACAGUUGGAGUUGGUUUCAAUAAUUUUAAAUUAGUUAGUGAGUUUGUGAGUUUAUGACUGAAGGUGUUUUAUCCUGUUUGAAAUUCAUGAACUAGUUUGAUUCAAAUGUUA